GCAAAAUGAGCAGCGGAGGACAGUGCAGAAGACGCAGAGGGCGCUCGGUCUGAGCCACGAGGAUUUGAAGAUGUCUGCGUGCAGUGACUUUGUGGAACACGUUUGGAAGCCCGGCUCCUGCAAAAACUGCUUCAGCCCCAAGAGUUCCCAUCGGCUGCAAACACCCCCAGACGUGGGAGCUUGUGCCGUGCUCCUGAAUGGAGUUAGGACCAAGCCUGAGAGCCCUGUGUUGGAAGACGAAGGUGUAAAUACUUCCCCCUUCUCAAAGCCAACGAUUGCUGUGAAGCCAACUAUGAUAAACUCGGAUGUUUCUGACGCGUGGGCGGAUGUGAAUAUGAAUGCAGAUCUGUCACAGGUCAGCUGGGGCGUGGUUUCUGGCAAACAACUCCUUCUGAAAUCGGGAGAUGCACAGCGGAUCUGCCUCGACAAUUUUGGCAAGGGUGGUGUGAGAAAGCCCUUCCUUCACAACCCACCCGGCGACUGCCUGUCUUGCUGUCCUCCCAGCUACUCCAUGGUGGGCCUGCACAGCCUGGAGAGUCGAGUGGAGAGAAACGUCUCCAUCCACAGCCUGGUGCUUGUGGGUGAGGUGGGCAAAAAAGAGGACAGAGCCAAAGACAAGUUUGCCCUGCCGCAUCGGGCCCCCUGCCCGAAUCCAUCCACCUUGGGGGACAGAAGCACUGUGAACUCCAGCAGAACCCCUCCUUCCCAAGCCAGAGAAGGAGCAGCGCUCGCCUCGGAGGGCGACUGCAGUCGCCUCUCCUCCGGCUUUGAAAGCGAAGGGGGCGAGUACUGUUCGAUCACAGACUGCCGCAGAGAGCACCCCGUCUCCCGGGAGCCGCGUUGCGCGGAGGGGAAGGGUGCCCAGUGCGAGACGGAGAGCCCCGUUCCCUGCGGACGGAGGCAGCGGGAUGCUCCAGAGAUUCCCAGGCCGAGUGGCAGGGCGGUCAAGUUCGGCGAAGAAGAAAGCAGAGCUGUGAACGUGGCCUUCUGCAUCACUAAAAACCAGGGCGAUCCUCUCCCCUACGCUCUGUGUUCAGAGAGGAAAAAGCUGGCUCUCCAUGCAGAGCCUGUUGCCCUCCCUGAGAGCACAGGGAGCAGCAAGGCAGAUGCCUUUGCUUUGUCCCAAGAGGAUGAGGACUUGCCUCUCCCCGGAGAGCCCUCCGUCACCGGUGGUCCCUGGCCGGAGGGUUCGAGCAUCCCUCAGCAGGCUCUCGUGGAGCCGCAGCGCCCGCGCCUCGCCGACCCAGCCCGCGCAGAUCCCAUCUAUGCCGAGAGCACCAAGAGGAAGACGGCACAGCUAAAGGCAAAAGUGGAGAAGCUGGCCCGUGGUACUGGCAAGGAGCAAGCUGAUGGGACGUGGAGGGAUGGCAGCUGGGCUUUGGGUGGUGAGAAGGAAUACCAGGACUCCACCGGGCAGGUGGCGGCAAAGAUCACUAUCAUGACGGCGCACACCGAGGAUGAUCACAAGACGAUAUUCCUCAGCAGCCCUGACUCGGCUGUGGGAGUUCAGUGGCCGUGCAUCAGCCCUACUUCCCACCCUGAUUUUGGGACUUCACCACCUGCCAUUGAGCCUGGAGAGAUUUUUCAAGCAUCUGGAAGUGAAAACGGUCCAAGAUUUCACCUGGCAGCUCCUGCCAAGACCUCAGUUGCUGAGAGUCCAGCCAUUCCCCCAAAGAUGUCCAAAAACAGCCAGCCAGGCAGUGAGGGGAACCGUGUGCCCCCAGUAAGCUCCCAUGUGGCGAGGUUUGGUGAUGAUAAAAGCCACGAUGGAGCUGGUGUUCAGCUGCUGCCCAGGAGCUAUACCAAUACCAGCGCCUUUGGGGCGUCCCCAUCUCCAUGCACUCAUGUCAAUGGGGUCUCUGUGGAGGAGUCCAGCAGAGGCCUGGCAGGCUCGUCCUAUGACAGGAGACAGAAAUACUACCCCCCAGCGUGGACCAAGCAGUGCCGGAUAGAGGAGGAGGAGGAACAGGAGCAGGAGGAGGAGCAGGAUCUCUUAACCCACCCAUGGGCAGUGGGAGCUGAGAAUGGAAGAGCUGGUGCCGACCUCGUGGAUAAUGGCCCCAUGCUGGAGAGCCAGACUGGGAUCAGCAAAUCAUCGUCUUUCUCCUUUGAUUUCCCUAAAGACAAGAGCAAUGGUGUGGAGUUUGCACCACCACCACCGCCGCCGAAAAAGCAGUCCAGGCAUACUUUGAAAAUGAACUCGAAUAACGCUGAGUUGGAGAGGGUCAGCAACAGCUCUGCUGAGAGCCUCAGCCCACCUUUCAGGAGUGUCCACGUCAGCUUCACGGCUGGCUCUACCGAGAGCCUCGACUCGGACACGCAGACCGGCAGCGAUGGCAGGCACUCGUCUGAGCCGAACCACUCGCCCCCUCCAGCUGAGAGCCAAGUGUUUCCCCCUGUCCCUUUCUUUCCCACCUGCGGUGAGGAUGGUCCCUCCUCUGCCUCCAGCUGCCCACCACCUCUGCCUCAGAAGAAGACAGUGAGCAGAACAGUGUCCUCCCCGGACGGCUUUUUUGGAGGACAAGCGUCUUCAGGCAGAGGAGCCGGUGCUGCCAGCCCCAGGCUGAACGUCCGCCAUUCCGAGAGCAAUGUCUGACUUUUUUUCCCCGGUCCCUUCUCCUCCUCGGGGUCCCUGGAGAAAGGCUCCAAAGGAAACGGCUACUGGGGCGCAGCCACUGGUAAGAGCACAGGGGCUUGCGUCCCCAGCAGAAACGUCCAGUCCCUGUCCUCCUCGCAGCUCAGUGUGUCCAGCCAGGUGUCAUCGGGCUCCAGCCUCCAGCUCCACAACCUCCUGAGCAACAUCGACAGCAAGGAGGGGGUGUAUGCCAAGCUGGGGGCCCUCUACGCCGAGUCCUUGCGCCGCCUGGUUGCCAAGUGUGAGGACUGCUUCAUGCGGGAGCAGAAGAACGAGCUGCACUUCAGCGAGAACAAUUGGUCACUCUUCAAGCUGGCGUGCAACAAGCCCUGCUGCGAUUCGGGGGAUGCGAUCUAUUACUGUGCCACCUGCUCCAAGGACCCUUCUACCACCUACGCUGUGAAGAUUUGUAAGACCCAGGAGUCCAAGGUGGCUGCCUCAUACUGCAGCCCUGCAGUGCCGGUCCACUUCAACAUCCAGCAGGACUGUGGGCAUUUUGUGGCCUCUGUCCCCUCCAGCAUGCUGCUGGCCUCAGAUGUGGGGAAAAGCAUGCCUGGGGAAGGCCUCCAUCCCUCCCGCACUGCCAGUGAGCAUGACUGUGUGGUGGUCAUUACACGGGAGGUGCCGAGUCAGACCACCGCCGACUUCGUGAGGGACUCAGUGAUGUUGCACCAAGCUAAGCCUGAGCUGUAUGAACGUCGUGUUUGCUUCUUGCUCCUCCAGCUCUGCAAUGGCCUAGAGCAUCUCAAAGAGCAUGGCAUCAUCCAUCGUGACCUGUGCCUGGAGAACCUCCUGCUUGUCCCCUGCAAGCCCCCCAUGAGCUGUGUGAAAGCCAAAGAUGACAAACACUUACCCCGCCUCAUCAUCAGCAAUUUUUUGAAAGCCAAGCAGAAGCCAGGAACUGGAGACUCCAAACUGAAGAAGAGUCAGGCCCGGCUGGCCCCGGAGAUUGUGUCGGCUUCUCAGUACAAGACAUUUGCUGAGUUUCAGACUGGUAUUCUCAUCUAUGAGCUGCUGCACCAGCCCAACCCCUUCGAGGAGAAGGUGCACCUCAGGGAGCAGGAGUACAGCCCUGAGGACCUCCCUGCUCUGCCCAGCCUGUCCAUCUACUCCCGGGGGCUCCAGCAGCUGGCCCACCUGCUGCUGGAAGCAGAUCCCAUCAAGCGUGUGCGGAUCACCGAGGCCAAGCGGAUGCUGCAGUGUCUGCUUUGGGGGCCACGGAAAGACCUCACCGAGCAGCCCCUCAGCCACGAGGAAGCCCUCCGCCGGGUGCUGCAGAACUGGGUGGACAUGAAACGUGCCCUGCUCAUGAUGAAGUUCGCGGAGAGGGCUGUGGACACGGAGCGGAGCGUUGAACUGGAGGACUGGCUGUGCUGCCAGUACUUAGCGUCUGCUGAGCCGUCCUCCCUCUCGCACACAUUAAAACUGCUGCAGCUCCUCUGACCGUGGACGUGUCUCAGAGGCAGCUGAGGGCUCCUGGCUGCCUCGCGGCUGGAAGUACCCAACCCCUUUGUACGUGAGAGGCUUCACUCUCAGCUGUGAAUGCACGUGCAGCUCCUGCCCCGUGCUCCCGUCAGAGUGCACAGGGCAUGUUUAGUACCCUCAGCACUGUUAAUUUGCGAGCAGGCAAAACUGGGAACCUACCCCUAUUUUGGGGCUCUUUUUUUUUUUUCAUAUGGUAAGCCUGUGGACUAAUAAACUCCUACCUGUGUGUGUGCAUGUUUCUAA